UCAAGCUCUCAUUUUAGACUAAAGGAAAUGCUCUUGUGCUAAGUGAGCAAAGCGAGCGACUGCAUCCUGUCUUUGCAGCGUUUGCUCACCCUGUGGUUCGUGGCUCACUUCCGGGGAGGCGAAGGCAACGGCGCGCUGCAAGCCUCGUGUUAUGAAAAAAGUAUAUUCAACCGGCAGAGGAGCUUUCUGACAAGGUUGCAUCUGACCUGUGGUGUGAAGCUGCGCCGACACCUUGGGUCAACCGCGACAAAGAUGAGCCCUCGACUUUUCUUCCUCGUUUUAGCGUCAUGUUCCAUAUGCUGUGGACAAAACCAAACGGCAACGUCGAGGAACCGCUCAUCAGAUGCUCUCACCACAUUCGGGACCCCCACCAGCAACACGUCAACCCCGUCGACGCUGUAUCAUCAGGACUGGACAUCACCAAAGGAAACUGCUUUGCCGCCAAAUGCAACGGCACACAGAGGCAGGACCGAAGGACAGACCACAACACUGAGCAACAAAGUCCAUGAUCCCGGUGAGCGGAUUCCCACGACGCCAGCGCAGGACGUCAUCGCGGUUUCGGCAUCGGAGACGGCAUCCGCCGUGGAGGCCCAUCAUUCCUGGGGUUACGCCCUCCUGGUGCUGCUCGCCGUGGUGAUCAUGGUGCUUCUCGUCAUCCUCUACCUACUGAGGAGGACGUCCCAGAUGUACUCGUUUGACCUCCAACGUCGGGCUCCUGGGAAUCAUGAGAGCGGGCCUGCAGGAAACUUUGAGGUCCUCUCCCUGGAUGACCGAGAAGGCCAAGAAAUUCCAGUGGCUAACGGCACGGUACCACAACCAGAGGAGCAAGCACCGCAAGAACAGGUGCCCGUAAACCACCGGAAGAUUUCCAACAUCGGAGACUCCAACCUGGCCACCCUUGAUAACACAUCGGAGAAGACUGAUCCAUCGGACACCACUCAAGAGGAGCGUGACAAAGCUGACAACAACCCUUGUGAGGCCCUGAAUUCUUAAGUGAUUUGCGUGGAAAUAACUGCGUGGUUGAUGCUCUCUCUCCAGCUGGUUCCAGCGACCCGUUAGCUGAAAAAGACCUGAAUAAGCCAUUGCAGCUAAAGGUCCUUUCCGCUUCUCCAGAAAAUUCCUCCUCCUCCUCCUCUUCUGCUUCCUAUUUGGACUGAGAUGUGACGAACCUUUUCAUUCAUCUGUCCAUGCCGGUGACCUUUAGUGAACAACAUUUAAAUGCUUUUCCACUAGAUGGCGGAAGGUACAACUGAUCUCCCCUUUGCUUGUCAUACAAAAACAGCUUUGUGUUUUAGGAAACAGGCCCAGAUUUCACACUUGAAUAAAUUUGAGUCAAACAAGAUGACAUCAGUUGAGGGGUUUUCGAAAACACUUUUGUUUGGUUUCGUGCUGUGACAGUUGGUUCAAUAAAGAUUGGAAAGCACUGAAACUUUUCUUUUCCGUGACAGUAAAUGGUUUUAAAAGAGAGAUUGUUAUGAUCGUUGUGGGGAGGCAGAGUCAGAAAAAAAAAAAAAAAAAAAAAAAAAGAUUCACG